AUGAUAUACAUGUUCAGAUUUAGGACAUGCAUUACUAUUUAAAUGUACUAAGAAAUCUGCUUUUCUUGGAUAUUGUAUGUGAAGAGAGAUUAUUAUUUAUAGACAAAUGGUACCAUAGUUAGCUUUGGAUUCAUAAAAGUGAUGUCAAGUUUCCUUCGCAAACUAGUGCGGAAAAAGUAUGUGGAUCCCUUCAGUAUCACAGACACCAAGUUAUCCAGAUGUUUGACCACAUUAGAUUUAACUGCCCUAGGGAUAGGGAGUACCCUGGGAGCUGGGAUCUAUGUUGUGGCUGGUCAGGUAGCCAAAGACACAGCGGGCCCAGCUGUCAUCCUGUCCUUCCUUAUAGCAGCUUUAGCCUCGGUGUUAGCAGGUUUAUGCUAUGCUGAGUUUGGAGCCAGGGUCCCUAAGACAGGGUCAGCCUAUGUGUACAGUUAUGUCACAGUCGGAGAGUUCAUGGCCUUUGUCAUUGGGUGGAACCUGAUCCUGGAGUAUGUGAUAGGGACGGCUAGCGUAGCUCGUGCAUGGAGCUCGUACUUUGAUUCACUGAUCCAUAAAUCAAUCCAAACCUUCUUCAGGGACAACAUGCCCAUGAGUAUUGGGGGUCUAUCUCCUUAUCCAGAUUUCUUUGCUUUUGGCAUCACCCUCCUACUCACAUGUAUACUAACUUUAGGAGUGAAAGAAUCCUCAAGGUUUAACAACAUUUUCACAGGAGUGAACCUUCUGGUGGUGUUGUAUGUUGUCAUUUGUGGAUUCAUUAAGGCAGACCUGAGUAAUUGGUCUCUACCUAAACCUCCGCUGAACUCUACAACUGACAAAGCAGGAGAUGGUGGAUUUCUCCCAUUUGGUUUUUCGGGAGUGAUGUCGGGAGCAGCUACUUGUUUCUAUGCUUUUGUGGGAUUUGACUGUAUCGCUACUACAGGGGAGGAAGUCAAGAACCCACAGAAAGCCAUCCCCAUCAGCAUUGUCCUGUCUCUAUUUGGGUGUUUCCUGGCCUACUUCGGAGUAUCGGCAGCCAUUACUCUGAUGAGUCCGUACUACCUCCUAGACCAUGAUGCUCCCCUCCCCGAGGUCUUCUCUCAAGUGGGCUGGGACGUGGCCCGAUAUAUCAUAGCUGUGGGGGCAGUAUGUGGUCUUUCCACCAGUCUCCUUGGUGCCAUGUUUCCAUUGCCCCGAGUCAUCUAUGCAAUGGCCAGUGAUGGUCUACUCUUUCAGUUUCUUGGCACUGUUAGUGAGAGGUUUAAAACACCUGUGGCAGGCACGCUUCUCUCUGGACUGUUUGCAGGGUUCAUGGCAAUGAUGUUUGACCUUAAAGAGCUAGUGGACAUGAUGUCCAUAGGAACCUUGUUAGCAUAUACUCUUGUAGCUGUUAGUGUUUUAUUGUUAAGGUACAGAGUGAAUUCCUUUAACCAAUACAGGGCAGAUGACGGAGAUUCAUUGAUAUUAAAUGACACCAGUUCAGUCGGAUAUUUACAACAAAUGUUCAACCAUAAACUUCUCGCUCCUACUCACCUGUCAGAAACUGUCUCAUUUUGGAAUAUCACCAUUAUAUGUGUGUUGAUCAUUGCCGAGUCUUUAAUACUCAUUUUUCUUGAGGACUUCAUUUCAUCUGGUGUUUGGUGGUCCAUAGCACUAGUUAGUGUUGUUGGUCUCCUCAUAUUCAUUCUUGUUUAUUCAACAUGGCUACAACCCCAAAAUCAGGAUUUAGUCAACUUUAAGGGGCCUCUUCUUCCAAUCCUACCUGUGAUCAGUGUCUUUGUUAACGUUUAUCUAAUGCUCAAACUGUCAUCUGCCACUUGGAUCAGGUUUGGAGUUUGGAUGUUUUUGGGCUUUUUAAUCUAUUUCUCAUACAGUCUCCACCACAGUGUAGAAUCUCAGCACGACGAACACAUUCCUCUCUCCCCGUGAUCAGACCAAGACGAGAGCAGCGAUGACAAUAUCUUUAGUGAAGAUGAAGAAAGUGACCAUGUUUUAUGGAACAGAAAAUAGAUCUUAGCCCUUCAGAAAUUCCUUCAUAGAAAUUUCAUGCUUUAAUAUCUCUUUCUAUUGAUGGUGCCUUUAAAUGCAGCAAGUGAUUUACAGAGUUAUUUUACAAGAGAUUAUUUAAAUUAUGAAGAGUAUUUUUAUUGGAUUUUUGCUCUGUCAAUUUCCAGGGUUCAUUAUCUACUUUGCCUAUGGAGUUUGGUUCAGUCUUGUAAAUGAAACGCUGCCAAAUUUCACAAUUGUGAACGAAAGAGAGGACGAACAGAAUGAAACACGCCCUCUCCUCAAAUAGAGCAUGCAGAUUUAAAACAAGAAUCUUCCUGAAUAAAUCUAUUUUGUGUGAUUGGAUCAAAGCAGCUAGGUUUUAAAAAAGAAUUCCAUAAAUUUUUAUUAUUUGUUAGCUGUGAUAUUAUAUAUCGUCAUUGUAUGUGAUGAAAGUGAUAUUUAAUGUGGAUGGUGGAUUUAAAUGUGAACUUUAUUUAUGGAGUCAAUCAUGGAAGUUAAAUACUAGUCUUGUUGAUAGACAUUUUAGUCACGGGGAGAGAGAACACAGAAACUCACAACAGUAGGUGCCUUGCACCUGGCAGGUUGCUUGGGUACUUGGGAGUCAACUAUCAUAGUGUUGUAGAUAAUGAGACAUUAGAAUUCUUAAUCAUAUUAUUGAUGAUUAUUUGUAGUUGACAGCAUUUUUUAUGCAUAGUCAUGAUUAUAAUGUUUACAUUAGAUGUAAGUAUACAUGCAUGACUACCUAUAAAUCAAGUCAGUUUACGGAAAACUUCUCUAAGAAAAUGGUGACUGUCCAUUGUAAAAAGAAUAAGUAAGUGAUCAUACCAACUGUUCUUAAAUGUAAUGUUUCUUUUAAAUAUCAUCUUUUAAUGUAUAUUAACCAAAUUAUCGGUUUAAAGGGCUAUAAUGGGUUCAUAAUUGAAACUAAUAAAACUGAAAUAAUUAAAUGCAUUCCAAAAUCUUCAAAUAGUAUCAUGAUUGCUGUCCAACCAUAUUCUUGUCAAUGUGAUUAAAAAAAGAAAACAAUCAUUUCAAACAAAACAUUUAAAAGUAUGGCCCACUAAUACAUAUGAAUGUUAUUUUGUUUCAAUGAAGAUUGCAUCGGACAUUUCCAUGAAAAUAACAGAUGAUACUGUUACAUGAAAGUUGUACCUUUCAAUUUUUUAAGAAUUCAAAUAUCAUAAAAUAGUGUUUUAUUUUUUGUUGUAAUGGAUAUGCCAUUUUGUUCAUUGUCUAUUGCCUUUUGUCUUCGUUUGUCAACGUCUGUUAACAAUUUUACAUUAAUUUUUAACUUCUUGAAAACUAUAAAAUACCAAUUGUUACUAUUUUUGGUUUGAAGCAUCGGUAUCUAAAUUGUAUUUAUGACCUUACUACCCCCAGGAUCACAAAGGCAGGGCCAAAGAAAGCCAAAUUUUCAAAAAUCUUCUUUAAUCCAGAAAAACUACAAAUGCGUGGAUAUGAAGUAAAUAAAGCCCUCUACCAAAAUUGUGAAAUUCAUGACACCUAGGUAAGGGGUUCAGACUCUAUGGUGGGGCCGAUAUGGCCAUAUAGUAAAAAUGUAUUUACUCAUAGACAAUCUUCAUCUCUACUCCCAUAUACGGUAUAUAUAUUUGAAAAAAAAACUAAAUGCAUAUUUAUGAUGUUCAGGGGUUUAGGCCCCAAGGCCAUAGGGCAGGCCAAUAUGGACAUGCAUAAAGUGAAAAUGCAUUAGUAAUAUAAGAACUUACAACUUAGAAAUAUUUCUUCUUUACUUCCACAGUAGGGGAAGAUAAAUAAACUAAUUGCAUUGCUAUUAUGUCCAUGAAUUAGGAAUUUCACUGCCCAUGCGACAGAGGUUCAGACUUUUUCUUUUACAUUUGGGGGGGGGGGGGUAAAGCCAUAAUAGUGAAGCUACAUAUUGUGUAUGGUUAUUGCGUCAAUACGAAACGAUUAUGUACCUACUAGAGUUAAUAAACUAUUUUUUGUCAGUCUGUGAUGUAUGUACUUAUCAUGUUCCUAUGUUAUGUUAUUAAUAUGUAAACCUUUGAGACGAUUGUCUUACGAAAAUAAAGAACUUGAACAUAUA